UCCAGCACCGGCGCACGUUUUGGGUAACGAACACAAAAAAAAGAUAUACAAAUACGGCGGACCCUCCUGGAAGUCCCGCAGCGAGGCUCGGUUUUUUGUAUGCCCCCCGCGGAGACUUCCAGGCUGGACAACCGAGGAUGUACAGGGAGCUACGGAGCGGGAAUGGUCAGCGAGCCGGAUCGAUGCUCUUAUCGGUGAUAAAGUAGACUACGACGCCGCCGCCGCCAGAGCCGCCCCCCCCCCCCCCAAACCCCCACAAAAAAAACCCUGCUUUCUUUUCGCAUGAAUCCUGUUAGGAUUCGGCUCGGCUCGUCGGUCGUUCCCCAAGAGUCAGGAUGAGGAAACCAAAAGUCACCCGGGGGAGUUUCGCCUUGUGUCUGGGCUGUUUCAUUAUGGUCCUCCUCUACUUUAACAGCAGCCUGAAGCCAGCCUCGGAGCCGGUCGGCGAAAGAAGCAGUGGGCAGAAGUCGCGGAGGAGCCCUCUUCAGACGCUCUACGAUGGCGACCAGGUGGAGUCGGCAAUACAGGCGAUCCAUCAGGGCCGACGAGAGGUGUUGGAAGAAGCCUGCCGCUCCUACACCCGCAAGCGCAGAGUCCUCAUCCCCGAGGACCUGAAGCACGUCAUCGUGGACGACCAGCACGGCUUGCUGUACUGCUACGUGCCCAAAGUGGCCUGCACCAACUGGAAGCGGGUGCUCAUGGUUCUGACGGGCGUCGCCGGGACCCGCCAAGACCCACUGGCGAUCCCCGCCAACGAGGCCCACAUCCCGGGGAACCUGCGCACCCUGUCGGAGUACUCCGCCUCACAGAUCAACCAGCGCCUGCGCUCCUACCUGAAGUUUGUCUUCGUCCGUGAGCCCUUCGAGCGGCUGGUGUCCGCGUACCGCAACAAAUUCACCCGGAGCUACAACACCGCCUUCCACAAACGGUACGGCACGAAGAUCGUGCUGCGGCACAGGCCAGACCCGCAGCCGGAAGCCCUCGAGAGAGGGAACGACGUCUCCUUCGAGGAGUUUGUGUAUUACCUCGUGGACCCGGCGACCCAGCGCGAGGAGCCCUUCAACGAGCACUGGGAGCGGGUGCACUCGCUGUGCCACCCCUGCCUCAUCCACUACGACGUGGUGGGUAAAUACGAGACGCUGGAGCAGGACUCCCGUUACGUGCUACAGCUGGCCGGGGUGGAGGACCAGAUCCGCUUCCCCGCCUCGUCCAAGAGCACCAGGACUACCGGAGACAUGGCGGCCGAGUUCUUCCACAACAUCAGCCCCUUCUACCAGAAGAAGCUGUACAACCUCUAUCGAAUGGACUUCCUGCUCUUCAACUACUCGAUACCAGCCUACCUCAAGUUCAGGUGAGGCUGAGACGUUGGCUCAUCUACGGAGUGGACGAGAACACGUGGAGCCGGGACUUUGGAAAUCACUUUUUUUGGAGAGGUUUCUCUCUGUGAGGGCCUUCUUACGGACACUGCAAAUACUGUUGAAGAUGUAUCUUCCAACUGAAAAAACUACAAACAGGAGAGGAUGCUUAAUCAUCACAUGACUUUUAUAUUCGACUGUAAAUGGGGAUCCAGCGGAUGUCGGUCACUGCCUUUGAAGGUGUGAAAUACCGUUCAACUUUUGGUUUAAUUUAAUUUCGCCAUCUGCCGUUUCUAAGUGUAAUUCACACGUCCAAUGUAAUCUGCAUUAGCUAAAUGACAGUAUUGAAAUCGUGUUCGGACAGUGAAUGUCUCCAAACGUACGUGCCUCUGAUAAUUGUUUGACAACUUUUGUAAACUGUGACUGUUUAUUUUGUUGUGCUGUCGGAUAAGAGUUUUGUGUAACAAUGACAUUGUCUUUAUUUAUUGUGUUACUGCUGACGCCACAAAGUCAGACAAACCUAAAUAGAUUUAUAGUUUCUCUCACAAUUUUCCAAUAAAUGCAUUUCAGCGAG